GGACCCAGUCAGCCUGUGGGAGGGGGAGAGUGUUGUAGCUCUGCAACUUGAAAGAGUGGGAAAGCAAUCGACUCAGUGUCCUUACCCUCCACACAUUCAAGGGAUCAGCCAUGGCUGCAGAGGCAAAGCAGUCAUGUUAUGAGGGCAGUUCUGUCCAAAGCUUUCAGUUCUACCUGGAAAAGUCAGGAGAACACGAGGCCAUUCUCCAGUGCGUUCAGAGCAUCCUGCCAGGAGAAUUUAAAAGAAUUGGAACAGGUAAAAGUGGCCUGGAUGUUCUUGGCAUUGGAAGUGGUGGAGGGGAGUUGGAUGUCCAGAUGCUCUCCGUACUGCAGUCUACAUUCCCUGCUCUUCCUAUCACUGCUGACAUUGUGGAGGGCAGCUCUCAGCUCUCAGAUAACUUCAAAGCUUUGGUAUCAAAGACCACCAACCUUCAGAAGAUCACAUUCGCUUGGCAUGUCAUGCACAGUGAGGACUAUGAGAAGCAAGUGAAAGCAAAGGGAGACGUGAAGAAAUUUGACUUCAUACACAUGAUUCAGAUGAUCUACUAUGUGAAUAACCUCGCUGAAACUAUCAAGUUCUACCACAGUCUUCUAAAAAACAAUGGCAGACUUAUGAUCAUCGUUGAAACGGCCAACGGUGGCUGGGACACCCUGUGGAAGACGUACAGGAAGGAGCUCUGCGUCGACGCCAUCACAGAGUACCGCUCAUCAGCGGAGGUGCUCGCAUGCCUAAAGAGCCAGGGUCUGAAAUAUGAGGAGCACAUCAUUCACAACACCUUCGACAUCACUGAGUGCUUCGAUAUGAGCAGCGCGACUGGAGAACGUCUGCUGAAUUUCAUGACAGCCAAAGAUCACUUCUACCAAUCCUUCACCCCGGAGAUCAGAGCAGGCAUGUUAGACCUUCUCAGAAACAAGUGCAGCACUGAGAAAGAUGGCAGGGUAUUCUUCAACAGCAGUUUGAGCUGCAUUCUCGUUUAUGCUUGAGUACAUAACUCCCCUUACAUUCAGUUAACUCUGACAUUUCUUCACAUUAACAGUGUAGCUGUGUCUCCAUUCAGAGGCGGCAUUUGAAUAAAGGAUUGCGUCACAGCGGCACGACAAGGCUGUCCUAUUUCGAAGGCUCCUUCAACUGCAGCCGAGAAAUGUGUCCCUCAUUUCCCUGGCAACAAAGGAUCCAGCAAGUAGAUCCUUGGCAGCUCAACCUAUCCCAAGAUUCAUUGCGCGAAUCACUUUCAAAAGAAUAUUCCACAAACAAAGCAGAGGCUGAGGAUGAAUAAGAAAUCCUCUGUAGACCUGACCGUUUCCUUUCAGUUCAGCCUUUGCAGCUUACAUUGGCUGGACCACGUCCUUUGAAAGAUGCGGCCCCUGAAUUGAGACACAACCUAUAUUUGCCUGUUGCUAAGAUUUACUAUUUGCUGUAGUUUUGAGUCUCUUCAGCCUAUAUACACCAAACCUUUUAUGAUGGUUUACAAAAUUAUCAAUAAAAACAAUUUAUGCACUAUAUGAUGAUUAAAAUGGCUGCCAAAGACUGUUCAUGCUUUACAAAGCUUUAUAUCUUUAGAAAACCAACUAAAUAGUCUUUAUUGACUGACACACAAUUUUAGCUAUGCAGGAAUCUUGAAUCAAUUUCAUCGACCCUAGGUUGGACCUUUUUCUAACAUUUGGAGAAAUUUAUUAUUAUGACCUUUAAUGAUAGAGCCAAUAUUUUGGAUUUCACGACUGCAGGUUUAGUGUUUCACUGCUCUCACAGUUUUCUUUUUUUUUUUUUUAAUCAGUUAGUGACUAGUUGGUAAUAAUUGUGGAGCAUUGAGCAGCUAGAAAGGUAGCCCCAGUCCCACAAGGUCCCAUAGAAAAGUGCAGGGAAGUGGCUGCAAACUCCAGUUUGACUGAGGUGGGGCGGUUUAUCAGAAAUACAUUUGCAAACCCAACCAGUUAAUUGGCUUCCUGCUUUUCGUUUGUAAAAUUGAAAAAUACAGUUUGAAAACACUUAGGAUAAAACAUAAAUCUCACCUUUGUGUCGCUUGAAGUUUGUUUUCAAGUAUGGAAUGAACUUGCCGUUGCUCUUGUGUCAGAUAGCCA